AUAAAUGUAGAAAACUAAGUAUAAAAAAUAGUUCGAUUCGAAGUAGUCUUCCUUUGGAUUAUUUUUAAAGUGACGAUUGAGAACAUGAUGCGUUUAGUUAUAUUCGUAUGUUGCUUAAAUUCUACGAUAUUAUGUUUUUCUCCCAUCGUAAGGGUCGAAGAAGGUGAGCUUGUUGGCACUUCUUACGAGCUGCCUAAUGGACGUAUUGUUGACGCAUUUUUAGGAGUUCCAUACGCUGCUCCCCCCCAUUUUUGAGCAUAGAUUUAAGGAACCUCAAAAAUUGAAUUCAUGGAAGGGAGUAUGGAACGCGACAAAAAAUUCGUAUCGUUGUUUGCAAAUAGAACCUAUAAAACCAUAUUCAAUUUACGGAGAAGAAGAUUGUCUUUAUUUAAAUAUUUACACACCUAAAUUACCAGUUGAUGGGAAUGCUUCUUUGAUGGAUGUUAUGGUCUUCAUACACCCUGGAGCUUUUAUGUACGGUAGCAGGAGAAUAUAUUAUCCAGAUUAUAUUUUACAAAAUGAUGACUUGGUUUAUGUCAGUAUUAACUAUCGACUGGGAGUUUUAGGAUUUCUUAGCACUGGUGAUGAAGCAGCACCCGGAAAUUUGGGAUUAAAGGAUCAGGUCGCCGCGUUAAAAUGGAUUCAACGUAAUAUUUUCAAAUUUGGUGGAAAUCCUGCCAGCGUUACGAUUGUUGGCUGCUCUGCUGGUGGAGCUAGUGUCCACUACCAUUUGAUCUCACCUUUGAGUGAAGGACUUUUCCAUAAAGCUGCUUCAUUAAGUGGAACUGCAUUACCUGAGUGGACAUUACCCAAGAAUAAUACUGAAAAAUCGAUUCAACUAGCUGCAUUAGAAGGUUGUCCCACUAAUAAUACCAAGGACAUGGUGACAUGUUUGCAAAAGAGACCAGCUAGAGCGCUUAUUGAGCAAAUGAGAAAUUUUAUGAUUUGGAAAUAUUGCCCGUUCACAGCGUUCGGUCCAGUUGUGGAACUUGAGAAUUCAAAUGCAUUUUUAUCGACACAUCCCCUCGAGUUAUUGAAAAACGGCAAAAUGAAAAAUUUACCUUGGAUGGCGAGUGUUGUGGAGAAAGAAGGAUUGUAUCCAGGGGCAGAAUACAUUCCUCAUGAUGACGUGCUGAAAGGACUAGACGAUAAAUGGAAUGAAAUAUCGCCAAAUUUACUCAUGUACAAUUUUAGUGUACCAAAGCAAAAAAGGGAUGCAGUUAGUAGUGAAAUAAAAAAAUUCUACUUCAACGAAAAACCUAUUUCAAAAGAAACUGUAAACCAACUGAUUCAGAUGCUAGGCGAUAGAUUAUUUUACAACGAGAUAUACGAAGCUGUGAAAUUACAUAGCCGGGCAACCAAAUCAAAUGUAUAUUGUUAUAAAUUCGCUUACCGUGGGAAAUAUAGCUUAACAAACUACAUUGCAGGAAAUUACGAAAAUUAUGGAACCAGUCAUGCUGAUGAUGUUUCAUAUUUUGCACGGUAUCUUUCUAAAGGUUCCCAAGAGACUGAAACAGAUAAAGCGAUGACCAAAUUUAUGUCCGCAAUUUUUAUUAAUUUUAUGAAAACAGGAUAUCCCAAUCUCGGAAUUGAAUCCUGGAAACCAGUUGCUAAAGACCAAACCACCAAUUUAUCUUGUUUACAUAUUUAUUCCCCGAGCCAAGUUAAAUUCGAGGAUAUCUCAAAUGAAUCUACGAGUAAAUUUUGGAAAAAUACGUUAGGUACCAGAUAAAUAUCUUAUGAAUAGUGUUUCAUUACAAAAAUGAGCUUUAAGUACCUAUGUAAUAAAAAUGAGGUGUUGUAUGUAAUAAUUUGAAUUUUGAAAUUUGUUUCCUACAUCUAAUAUACUUAAUCUCUCGGUAUUUUAUAAAACGCGUAUGUACACAUUAAGAACUGAUUGUGUUCCAUAUAAGUUGAAGAAAAAAUAUUACUGAACAGAGAGACUUGAAAUGGUGAGUGCAAAUAGGGAUUUUCUCACAUAUCACUUGCAAUUUUUAGAAC